CACCCCCUGGGACACACACACACCCUGGGACCCCCCCCUCUCCCCUAAGCCAAUUACAAGGACGUGGUGGUGGAAGGUUGGAGGUGAAUUAAAAUAGUUAAUGAGCUAAAAAAGCCAUCAGAUGUCUCCAAAUGGAUUGGAGACACUCAUUCCCUCACAGGUGAAACCUUGGAGCAAAGUUGUUGGUGUGAAGUGGCCUCAGACACACAGAGCCCUCAGUCAAGCCUUGUGGGGGUUGGGUUGGGGUUGGGUUUGGGUGUUGGGUUGAGUCAGUGACUGGCGACGCUAUGGGGCUUUGUGUGUGUGUGUGUGUGUGGGGUUGAUGUUGAGGGGGUGACGUGACGUGUUGUCUUUGGGUGUAAAAGCUCAACAAUAAUGAGUUUUUUUUAUUGCAAGGCGUUUUAUUAUAAAAAAUAAGAGGAAAUCUCAGCCAACGUUAGGUUACAACUCCAAUAUAUUAAGCAAACAUUGUGGAGGGAAACAGAAAGGGAACCGCCUACAUGGAUAUCAUGCGUUCCUACUUCUACCACACGCUCCUGGAGGAGGAGAUUGGGGUCAUGCCUGACCCGCUGGUGGGUGAGCUACAGAAACAUCUCUAUAAUGGAGAGUACCUGCUAUUUAAGCAGGCCCCCAUCUUCGAGAGCGACUUCAUACAGAUAACCCGCACCGGUCAGGUGGUGAACAUCCAUCACCAGGUGACCAUUGUAACCAUCGGCCUGACCUGCACGGACCCUGACCUGCAGUUGCCGGACGUCAUGUUGCUGGCCCGGCCCGGGGAGAGGGACGGCAAGUCCUGGAGCCCGGCCGGCCACCGCGUCUCGUCCUCCUUCAGCUCCGUGGCCCACCUCCCCCCCUCCGAGCCCUCGUCCUGGUCGGCCACCCCCUCGCUGGCCCGCUCCGAGUCCGGCACCGCCCCCCGCCCCCGGGGCUCCAACCGAUCCCACCAGGGCCUGGGCCUCGUCCAGCGGCCUCUCCCCCGCGGGCACCUGGAGCUCACCAGUUUGCUGCCCCUGAAGCUGGUGAAGAUUUCCGUCCAUCACAAGCAGAAGCGGAGGCUGAGGGUCAACCUGGCCAGUGGCCGCAUUUUCUACCUGCAGCUGUACGUCCACCCGGACUGCGAGCAGAGGGUCUUCGACCAGUGGGUGAAGCUGGUGCACCUGCUCCAACAGGCCGGGGACGCAGACUUCUCCGAGGGCACCCUGCCCACCGACACCGAGGAGAGCCCCCACUCACUCACCUCGGGAUUCGAGGGGCACCACCAGCCCAGGCUGCGCCCUCGCUCCAGGACCUCAACCCUGGCUUCGGAGGUGCACGAGAUGGCGAUGACAGACAAAGGGGCUCAGAUCAAGGAGUUCUGGGGCUGGAAAUACGAUCAGGAGCGGAGCCGGGAGAACGCGAUUCCCGAGAAGAGCGUUCCGGAGACCCGCAGCGCAGGGACAGACAUCAGCAGCGUGUCCGUGAGCUGUGGGGGCUGCCUGAAGAGAGACAAGGGCCGGAAACCGUGUACCUGUGGACGCCGCAGGAGAAAGUCCGCGCAUUGCUGCACGGCUGAAGCCUGCGACUCAGCUGCUAAUCUCCCCCCGGACGGGAGCCAGCGACGCGGCAAGAGCGAGGGAGGGGAGCCCGGCAAGCGAGGCGGGGGGCAGGAGAGGGGCACACCCCGAGAGGGGGCCAGGAAGAGCCAGGACAAGCGGGGCAACCGCAAACUCAACGACUGGAUUCCGUCCGACGUGGUGUCCAGCGAGCAGAGGAAAGCCGAAAUCCUGGAGUGGCUGAAGAAGGCGGAGGAGGAAGAGAGGAGGAACAAGGACGUGCCGGAGAUGGGGAACGAAGGCACGGACUGAGAGAGAUGUUGAUCUCCUCCCUCACUCCCUCUCUCUCUC